CAAUUUUCUUUUCAUUCUCGGUUUAAUCCCACAUUUUCUCUGAGGUUCUUUUCCUAGCUUUUAUUGCUUUCUUCCCUCUCAAAUUAUAACACAUAGCCACAUUUACUCAUACAUUUAAUAGCCAUGGAGGCUAUUGGUAGAUCAUUGCUUUUGAUGAUGACAAUCUUUGCCAUCGUCUCCAACACAGUUUCUGCAGAUUGCGAUCAAGACGUUUGUGUUGCUGAUCUCACUUCAGGUGUGAAGAUGAAUGGAUAUGCAUGCAGGGAAAAGAUAACCGCAGAGGACUUUUUCUUUAAUGGCCUGGCUAAGCCAGGGGUCAACUUCACUGCACUGGGUACAUCGGUGACUCCAGCCAAUGUCCAGAAAAUACCAGGCCUGAACACGCUAGGAGUGUCCAUGUCGCGCAUGGACUAUGCCCCGGGCGGCCUGAACCCGCCUCACACCCACCCACGCGCCACCGAGAUAUCGUUUGUGCUUGAAGGUGAAUUGGAUGUGGCGUUCAUAACCACAAGCAAUGUCCUCUAUUCCAAGUCCAUCAAGAAAGGUGACGUAUUUGUGUUUCCUAGAGGUCUAGUCCACUUCCAGAAGAACAAUGGCAAGGUUCCUGCAUCUAUCGUCUCCGCCUUCAACAGCCAGCUGCCCGGCACCCUCUCCGUCGGCGCCACAUUGUUCACAGCGUCUCCACCAGUGCCGGAGGAUGUGUUGACAAAGACAUUCCAGGUUGAUAUCAAGGAGGUUGGCAAGAUCAAGUCAAAGUUUGCACCUAAGAAGUAGAUAUUUCAUGUGUUGGUUCUUGUUGUUCAUCGAUAAGGAUAUGACUUUUAAGGGACAUUUAAUUUCAGAAAUUCCAAAAUAUUAAAAACUUGGAACAUUUUUUUUAUUUUUUUUGUAUUUUUCUCACCUGUAUGAAGUGUUGAGAGAAGUGAUGUAAACACCGGACUAAAUAUAUUCUUUGCAAAACUUCAAA